GGGAGGGAAGAGAAAGGGAGGGGAAAAGUAAAAGCCAAAGGAUUCUGAAAAACACAAGGAGCAACAGAGGAUUGGAAAUUUCCCCUGAGCUGUGAUCGGACCUCGUAAAGACCCUGAAAGAUGGGCAGCUAUCCAGUCUCUGUGCUGCUAUGCUGUUGUUUCUUUGUACUUGUUACUGUCCGGGCACAACAAACUGAAAUACAGGACACUGAUGUCACUGCUUUGCAGCCACCAGACUGCAGAGAGGAAACAUACCCCUGCACCAGGAUGUACUCUGUUCAUCGGCCGAUAAAGAGAUGUAUCCAUUCGCUCUGUCUCUACAGCCUUCCAAGAGUCUAUGUGAUAAACAAGGAGAUCUGUGUGAGGACCGUGUGCCAGCAAGACGAAAUCCUGCUGGCUGAACUCUGUAGAGAGAAAUCUGGGUGGCCAAAACGCCAAAAGAGGACAACUAGGAAACGCUGUCGCCGUGGCAACCCAAAAACCUGGGCAAACAAGGCCUAAAGUCAGAUGGAUUACAAAGUCAGCGAGAUAAAGAAGAGAGUUCUGGGACCAACAUCUUUAAACCUGUUGCACUCCUAAAAGCAAACCGAAGCGGUCACAAUCAUUACUGUUCAUUAUCACUUUUUUUUUUAUCAUUUUAAUGCUUGUGCUUGGAACUGAAAUAAGCUUGGUUGAAUGCCUCAGUGUUUUUGUUUUAAGACUGUACUUUAAUAGGAUCACAAAGGGCAUGACAAUGCACAGCUUUGGUGCUGAAUGUUAAAGUAGCCCACUGUAUAACCACUAUAUGUGCUUUAUAUUCUUCUAGUAUACUGUAUAUGUCCACACCAACCACUGUAAGUAAAAGACAACAUCCACAAUAGCAAAUAAAAUGUUUAUAUGUUUCAUUUA